GGUUAGCCUUGCGUCGUUAGAGCGCGUUACAGUACGUGUUAGUUCAUGUCGGUGUUUAGUUGUGCUGUUAUUGGAAGCAGUGAUCAUUAUCGAACCUGUGACCCUUCGAAGACUGAUCAGUUGUGCUGACGACGGGAUCACUCCACUCACAAGGAAAGAAGAUAGAUAAUGGCUACUGGAGACACUAACAAUAGUAAAGUUGAUGCCCUAGAUAAUGGUGAUGCAGGUGAUGAAAUACUUGCUACUGAAGACUGUAACAUUAGUGAAGUGACUGCUACAGGUGUUGGUGAUGCAGGUGAUGCACUGGGUCAGCCAAACUUUCGUCCCAACUGUAGGGUUGCAGUCAUGCCUGUUGAAAGGAAUUCAGCAUAUUACAAUAUGUUUCACAAGAGAAGAGGCAGGGCUGUUAUUUUCAACCAUGAACACUUUGACAUCCCUUCACUCAAACCGCGAAAUGGAACAAAUGUUGACUGUGGAAAAUUGAAGCAUGUUCUGGUUGAUUUUGGUUUUGAAGUUACAGCGCAUAGUAAUCUCACUACUAAGGAUAUCAUCAGGAUUGUAAAGCAAGUGGCAGAGGAGGACCACUCUGAGUGUGAUUGUUUCCUGAUGGCUGUCCUGUCCCAUGGUGAAAUGGGCUUCAUUUACUCACGAGAUACACCUUACAAGCCGGAGUCUCUGUGGAAGCCUUUUACUGCUGACAAGUGUCCAACUCUUGCUGGAAAACCAAAAUUGUUCUUCUUUCAGGCCUGCCAAGGAGAUAAGCUAGAUGGUGGCAUUACACUGAGGAGCAGAACCGAAGUUGAUGGUGACGGUAUGGGGUACAAGAUUCCCAUACACGCUGAUUUUCUCAUAGCCUAUUCCACUAUACCAGGUUUUUACUCGUGGCGCAAUACUACCAAUGGUUCCUGGUUUAUACAGGCUCUGUGUUGUGAACUGGAAGCCAAAGGCACAUCAGUUGACAUCCUGACACUCCUAACAUUUGUUAUUCAGCGUGUUGCUCUAGACUUUGAAUCAAACACACCGGGUAACUGUACAAUGCACCAACAAAAACAAAUUCCGUGUGUUACUACAAUGCUCACAAGAUUACUCUGUUUCAAUAAAAAGUAAGUCAAUAAGUGACAGUCCUCACAAUGCAUUUAUAAAAGAUAUGUCCUAUUAUGCAAAACCUUGUCAAUUUGAAGUUUAAGGGUCCACAUUAUAUUUUGUUUUGAUUUAAGAACGUUCAGUAUCCCCUCUUGAAAAGGAAUGUCAGUAACUGCGUUUUUGACAGGGGAUGAAAUAUUGAAAUUACUGUGAUGGAACAUAUUUGUAAUUAAUAUUUAAGAAACUGUAUUUCAUACUUUUUGUUUUGCUCUAAACCACUGAUAAUCGUUUGUGUGGGUGUCUGUGUGUGAUGGUGGGAUUCUACAUACAUAAUAUGCUCAACAAAACAUGAUACAUGUCUUGGAGAACAUGAAUUUAACACACGUUCUGCUGGUCUCAUAUAUUGCAGGGAUUACUGUUGUCUUCCUUGAGCUGGUCCCAGAGACUUGUGUUAAUAAUGCACUCAGGUCUUCAACAAUUUUUCCGUGACAUUUCAGAAUGAACUUUAUGCAGAUGGCAUAUAAGCUCCCCCUCCCCAAAUUUCAAGAAAUUUUGGGUAACACUGCCAGUAGAAAGAGAAUGUGUCAGCAGGUUAUGUAUUCCAGGAAUAGUUAAUUUAUAAAAUUGAGACAAAGCUGAUAAUCUUAUUAGUGUCUCUCCUCUAAAAAUUAGUGUGACUAGAUCACUAUAGACUGUAUGAGAAUUACCCCAUGUAACACUUUAUAAAAUGUGUUAAUGAUGAUUCAUAUUAAAAUGACUAUUUGAACCAUGUAACUAUGUAGGAAAAUAUUUAAGAGUGCAAAAUAUGCUCAUACAGCAGUAUCACUGACGAACAUUAGGCAAAAAUGAAUAUAUGUACAUACAUACAUAUCAUAGGUACAUUUUGGAUUAUCCUUAUUGUAAAGCAUAAAAUAUUCUCUGUUAGUUGGGAAACUAACUUUGCAGUUCACAGUAUUGAAUAUACCUGAUAUAUUGAAUUAACAAGAUUUUAUUGUAGAAUUACUACAAACCAAAAUAUUACACCCCAAACCCAAAAUUAAAAAAAAAUGAAAAAACAGAAAAAACGUUAUUUAUGAACAUGUAAUUUUUUACUUCUAAUUAAUAAUGGAACAUUAUGUGUAAAUCAUUAAUUGUAGUUCCUGUGUAUAGUAGGUACAGAUAACAAGAGUAUCAUUAUACAAGCCAAAUGAUGAUGUGAUUCAGGAUUUUGUUCUUAUGAAAAGUUUCAGUAGUAUGUUCUCAUUUUCUUUAUACAGAAGUCUCUGUUCCUAAGAGGUAAAAUGCCAUAACUUGGCAAGCAUAAAAGUUUUCUGUAUUAAGAUGGUGCUGCUAUUCCAUUAUUGCAUUAUUCCAAAUAAAUUGAGUAGUUACUACUUGAU